UCUAUUUCAAAACUAUGUGCUGUCCAUAAGCUCUUUCUGGUCGUCUAAAGAGUUAAUCGAAAUUGUAACGUAAAUAAAGUUGGGUAUUUAAUCAUUGAUAUUUGUAAAUCGGUGAAUGUGUAUAUAAUGAAUGGAAGGUUGGACAGCCCCUCAAAUCAAGAGCGGCCGAAUCCAUAUCCUGUAAAGUGAAGGAUGGGUGUGCCAGGUUUGUCUACACUGAUACACGACAACAAUAAUCUUUUUAAAGAGAUCACACUUCGUAAUACUCGACUCAUCAUUGAUGGCUCAAAUCUGUACCACUUUUUAUACAACAAUCAUGUGCCAGACGAGUAUGGUGGAAACUAUGACACUUAUGCAAACACGUGUACAACCUUCUUCAGAACCCUCAAGAAAUGUAAGGUGGAUGCGUAUGUUGUCAUGGAUGGCGGUUAUGACCCAGAUGACCGUAAAUGGAAAACUGUCUUAAAACGUAAGGCAUCUAGAAUAAUAAGCGCUGCUACAAUUUAUGGCAGGGGCCCCGAAGAAACCAAGGAUCAUGUUCUGCCGAUUUUAUGUGAAGAAACUUUCCGCCAUGUCCUGCGUGAGCUUCAGAUACCACACGUCACGUGUCCAUAUGAGGCAGACAGAGAAAUAGCAGUGUUGGCCAAUAAGUGGAACUGCCCUGUUCUUAGUGAUGAUAGCGAUUUCUUUAUUUUCCAGCUGAAAAAAGGAGUUAUACCUAUCAAAGGAAUCGACUUGCUAUUGCGGCCUCUCAAGACACAGACGGAGCAGUCUACCUUACAGGAAUCAGAGACUUUACCAACCGACCAAGAAGAGUUAUAUAUCUCUGUGAAACGUUACCAAUAUAGCACAUUAAUUAAGAUUAUCAAUGUUCCAUGGAAGUUCCGACCAAUUCUUGCUACAUUUAGUGGUAAUGAUUAUGUAGACAGCAGUAAAUUGGAAGAUUUCCACAAAGCGAUACGAUCGAAGCAUAAAAAUAAAAAGCUUAACCUGAGAGCAGCCAAUCCAAGAUUGAUGUCGGUCGCACAUUGGGCAAUGGACAUACAAUCGGAAGAAAACGCUAUUAAUUACGUAUUAAAACAUGUUCCCGUUGAGAAAUCAAACAUGCGAGGUGCACUUAAGUACUCUAUAGAUAGCUACACAGACAUCGGGAAUUUCGCUUCCAUUGAUUUGGCCAAGUUCUUCGGUGCAAACACAGAUGACAAAUCGAAACUAGAUCGGGGAAUGCUGAUUGAUUACGUCACUAAGCAACCAUUGCCAGCUUAGUUUUCCAAGAUGUUAAGCACAUGCGAAAUGGCAACUUUUCUGCAGAAUGUAGCAGAUAGAAUACGUGAUUAACCCGUCCACUUAUGAAUGCUCCCAGCACAUCAGAAGUGUCCUGUAUAGUUUAAUAACGCAAUUCAAGAGGCCCGAAUAUACAGACUAUAAAAGGAAAAAAAAAUAACAAACGACAUAAGGAAAUUUUGCAUUGAAGAAAAUGACAGACUGGAAUACGAAAUGGUAAAGGUCCGUAUUAGGCCUACGUUUCGAAAUGUCCCGCGUACCGUACAGGAAAAGCAAAAAUUCAUUUUUGGCACUUUAGGACUGAAUUCUGAACUAAUCAACUCUUUAUCUGCCGACCCGUGUACCAAGUUCCUUAUAGGUGUCCUGCACUUUUGGUGGACACAUGCAGAUCCAAAGAUUACAGAACCUAUUUGAGUUCCGCUGUUAUUGGCUUGAUUUCAUUGCACUCUCACUUCAUCCAAGAUAUGAAAAGUAGUCCAGAUGCUGGUGAAACAGUCAAACAACCAUGCUUGGUUCAAAGUAUAAAGAAUGCAAUCGAAAACCAAGAUAAAACUCUGUUGAAUCAGUUUGCUAGUGAAAUAAAGAAACACAAAGACAAAAGUAUCGGUCAAGCACAUUCGGGCAACAGAGAUAUAAGGAUAAUUCACGGCUUCUCACAGUUGCAGACCUAAACAACUAAUUAGAUGUUAUUGGCUUGAUUUGCACUCACUUUAUUCAAGAUAUGAGAAGUAGUCCCUAUGCUGGUGAAACAGUCAAACAACCAUGCUUGGUUCCAAGGUAAAACUCUGUUGAAUCAGUUUGCUAGUUUGCUAGUGAAAUAAAAAACACAAAGACAACAGUACCGGUCAAGCAUCAUGGGGCAACGAAGAAAUAAAGAUUAUUCACGGCUUCUCACAGUUACAGACCUACUACCUGAGCGCCUUGUAUCUGAACCAGGCCCUGAUGUCUCCAGUUGACCUUCCCAGCCCUGGCUUUCUCUUCAAUUGUACAUUCAUAUACAACGUUUGCAAAAGUCUUGAGACUUUUCAAAAUGCCGACUUUUCAGACAUGUUCGCUUGGGAGUCACCGCUGCAUGCUUUGUUUAAGUCGUGGAAACCCACUGUCACCGAGCUUGAAGAUGGUGCCGCCCGGCAGUUGACGAGAAAGUAAUAUACCAGAGAGAAAACAUGGAAAAUAAUCAGAUGCUAGAUCUGUAUUGCAUCACAUAUACGGUUACAAUCACUUUUUAGUGGACUCAAAGAAUACUAAUUUCGAUAUGAAUUUCUAAACUAGCGAUGAUUUUCUAGAUUAAACUUGAAUGGGAACACAAAUUUAAAAGUGAUAUUCUCGACAGGUUGCCAUUUAGAAUUAAGCCUGUUUGUUUUCCAUAUUUAUUUUUAAUUGUAUAUGUUUAAUUAUGUUAAUUAUGUCUAUGCAUCCCGUUAAAAGUUGAAAUCACAACAAAAUCAAAUAAAUUCAGUAUCUACGAGAGAGCAGUGAUAUUUCAAAUACAGUAUUUCAUGAUUUCCCCUUCAUAAUUUCGCGAAUUUACGAUUUCUUAAAUUCGUGAAGUUGAAAUCGUGAAUUCGGGAAGUUGAAAUAGUGAAAUGGUGAAUUCGUGAAGUUUAAAUCGUGAAUCUGUUAAAAGGAAAUCAUGAAAUAAUGAAUUUGAAAUGUCACCAACGGUUUUUCCUAGUUUUCUACCAUUUUGCAAACUGCCGUUUUCCACUACAUGAACAAGUUGAAAUAUGCUAUGGUUAUUAAUACUUAAAAGUUGCUGUAUUGUUGUCUAAUUGCUAUUUAUACUAUUUAAUAGUAUUAUUACACGUAAUGUCAAUUGAAGUGUACUAUAGUUUUGAGUAGAAGCAUUGCUCAUGUGGCCGCAUAAAGGGCCGGAGGGAUUCAAUGAAGUGUACUUGCCUUGACAAUUAUAGUGACAAUUUGUAUCAAAUAAUGUUUAUGAUUAAUUUAUUGUUGAGAUAUAAAAUUUUAAAUAAUUUUGAUCUAAACUCAAAAAAUUAUCAGAAUGUAUUGAGUGUUAGGAGAAUAGAUAUUCAAUGACCCAUUUCUGAUAGAUAAAUUGUUGUUUCAAUUGUCUUAUUGUUAAUCGAGCAAUAUAUUAUUUCUGACUGGCUGACUGUGUUACACCAUUGCUCUGUGGUCUUUCAAAAUAUUUCAGAAUUAUACUCGACUCUAAAUAUUUGAAGGCGCCAUUUGCCUCGUUUCCAUGAUUCAGCAUUCUAUUGGACAAACACUAUGUAUAGUGAAUAUUUUUGGCAAAAACAAUCAUCUAAAAUACUACAUUCGCAUUCAGCCAUUCAGAUCUUUGUUUGAAUAUAAAUGACAUUGUUCAGUAAGUUCAUGUUGUUGUGUUUUCUGUAAAGUGAUGAAACCCAACUAUUCUUACUUUAAACAUUUUAUUAACAUUUCCUAUUUAUUUUUGUGCAGACGUAAACUACA